CCCCUGAAAAAAUCCUACAAAUCGACGCACCCCGUCCACAAAAACAACAGAUAGCCACAACCUCCCGUCCACACACCCAUCGAAAUCUCUUCUUCUUCCACUCCUACCAGCACCAGCAAAGCAUACACGGCAGGAAAGCCAAGAAGUACAGCUCCUCCUCCCCUCCCCUGUAGUUGCUUCGCCGUUUCCGGGAGAUUCUUGGAUUGGUUUUCCGGCAAAGAUGGUUUCGCCCGUCGUGAUCGCGUCGGCGGGGCUCGGGAUGCUGGCGGGCGUGGCCAUGGCAAACCGGACGACGGGCGACGGGCUGCCGGCGUCAUCCAGAUGGGACGCGCGGCCCCGUUGCUCGACUUGCAGCGGCACCGGCCGGGAGGAGUGCCUCUGCAGCCGUUGGUCCGACGGCGACGUCGGCUGCGGGACGUGCUCUGGCUCCGGCCGCAAGCGGUGCCGCAGCUGCGGAGGCUCUGGCACCGGCCGGCCGCUCCCGGCGCGACUCAUCGUCCAGGAGCAGAAGCUGCCGACCGCGCCAGCGCGACGCGGAGACUACAACUGAUAUUCAUCGGUUUCCCCGAGGAAAUCGUAAGUGUAAUUAAGCACAACAUAGCACACCAGUAUAUGCAACGUGUCCAUUCCUGUGUAUGUUAUACGCUGCAUCCUGCACGUACUACUAGUUAAGUACUCCCGCUGUAAAGAAAUACGAGACUUUUUUUUAGACCAUUACUCCUUGAGACCGUAGGCUUGACAGUAAUAAGGACAAAAUCAUGCAUCAAACAGUUUCAGGGAUCCUUUGAUUCAAAGCAAUUUUGCAGA